AUGGCUGUUGAAGUCUUGCCUCUUACCGAGACUGAUAUCCCCGGUGUUAUUGAGAUAAUCCAGCAGGCAUUUGCAGACGACCCUUAUUUCAAGUGGGCCUUCGAUUCAUCCAAGUUCAACAAGCAAAGAAACUACGAUUCUCUCGCAGCACGCUGCCAUUGGGGAAUCAAGAAUGCACUCUUCUACGUUGCAAAAGAAACCCAAGAGACCGACUCCAAAUCCCACAGCACCACACUAACCCCAGCCCCAAUCCUCGGGGUCUCUUGCUGGCUAGCGCCCCACCCUGCCGCGCAACCAGAGAGCUGGUACUCCUGGUUCCAAUCAUGGGCCCUAUCCUUCAGCCAGAUGCUCAACAACAUCCGGUACUUUGGCCGCGGCGGGCUGCGCACGAACAGGUACUGGAUCUGGAAACAGCGGCAGGCUGAGGCGCAGGCUUCUAUCUGGGAUGAUCCGCGCGGGUACUAUUUCUGUAAUAUUGUCGCUGUUAGUCCUAAGGCGCAGGGGAUGGGUAUCGGGAGAUUGUUGUUUGAGGCUGUUACGAAACGGGCGGAUGAGGAGGGAAUCAAGUGUUACCUCGAGAGCUCGAAGAAUGUGCCUAAUGUGGCGAUCUAUGAGCGUAUGGGCUUUCACAUGAGUAAGGAGAUGGAGUGUCGGGAUGGGGUGGAUGCUUGCAUGUUGUACUGCAUGGUCCGGGAUCCGAGGACGGAGUGA